CAGAUCUUCAAUCAAGGACCACACGGCAGACAGGUGCGCAAAGUGAAGAGCGGCGAAAGGUGGCAUGAGCGACGACGCAGCGAGCCGUGAACAGUCACGGCUAUGGCGCAUACUACGAACGGCGAAACAGAUGUGCUAUGAUAGAGGGUACGAGCUCACCGAGGACGAGUGUAACAUCUCCUUCGACGACUUCAAAACACAGUAUUGCGACGAAUCAGGCGCACCGCAACGGACACGAAUGAACUUCACUGCGCGCCCGACACCCGAGAUGAACAAAAAAUACUCACCGCUACCCAAACCAAGCAAUCCCGACCCAGCGCCGGAUAUUGGCACGAUCUUCGUGCAGUUCAACUCAGACCCAAAUAUUGGCAUCAAGCAUCUGAAAACGUUCGCACAGCUCCUAAGCGAAAAGAACCUCCACACGGGCAUCUAUGUAUCUCAAGCCGCGCCAACAGCGUCAGCAUUGAAGAUCAUUCCUACGAUAGCCCCUCUCGUGAUGGAAAUAUUCCGAGAAGAGGAUCUUCUCGUGAACAUCAGUCGGCACGAACUCGUGCCAAAGCACACGUUGCUCAGCCCUGAGGACAAGAAGCGGCUGCUGGAGAGGUAUAGGUUGAAGGAAACGCAGUUGCCGCGGAUCCUGACGCACGAUCCGAUGGCGCGGUAUCUGGGGUUGAAGCGAGGACAGGUUGUGAAGAUUAUCCGGAAGUCGGAGACUGCGGGCAGGUAUGCCAGUUAUAGAUGGGUGAUAUGAGGCUGGUUGAUUCAGCGUGGAAUAGCGAUUGUGACAUAUGAGCGUGGAGUUUGGCGCUCAAGGUAUCGCUGUCUGAAAUUUGGUAGCUCUGAACCUCAUUCCGAACAGCUCAAUGCUGUUAUACAUGGUCAGUAUUCCUGAUCAAUUGUAAAUGUGCAUCACGCGUAUAAGCAGCCAGUAGGAUGAGAGUGUGUAGGAUAUGUGGUGUAUGU